AUGGCUGCCAAUCAGGAGGAGCAGGAGCAGGAGCAGCGCCGCCGCCUUCUCGCCGUCGCGACCCGCUUCCCACUUCCAAGCGGUACGUUCUCCUAUGGCACGGCGGGCUUCCGCGCCGACGGGGCCACCAUGGCGCCUGCCGUCUGCCGCGCCGGCAUCCUCGCCGCGCUCCGCUCCGUCAAGCUCGCGGGCGCCGCCAUCGGGAUCGUCAUCACCGCCUCCCACAACCCCGUCGGCGACAACGGCGUCAAGAUCGCCGACCCCGACGGCGGCAUGAUGGCCCAGCACUGGGAGCCCUUCGCCGACGCCCUCGCCAACGCCCCCGACCCUGACGCCCUCCUCCAGCUGGUGCUUCAGUUUGCCAAGGACGAGGGCAUUCCAUUGGGGGGCCAAGACACAGCGCAAGUGCUGCUUGGUAGAGAUACCAGACCUACAGGAGCUUACCUCCUGGAUGCGGCACUGCAGGGGAUAAAUGCUAUAGUUGGCGCUAACGCAAUUGAUAUGGGAAUUUUGACCACCCCUCAACUGCAUUGGAUGGUCCGGAGCAAAAACAAAGGUGCCAAAGCUUCCGAGUCAGAUUAUUUUACACAACUUAUCGGAUCGUUCAGGCGUAUGUUGGAAUUAGUGCCAAAAGAUAAAGGUGGGGAUGAGGUUGCCAAGAAACUAAUUGUGGAUGGAGCAAAUGGCAUUGGUGGGGUGAAGCUCGAACAAAUAAAGGUGGAACUUUCAGGCCUAGAUAUUAUUGUGAGGAAUUCGGGCAAAGAAGGAGAAGGGAUACUAAAUCACAUGUGUGGCGCAGACUUUGUUCAAAAGGAGCGAGUUACUCCGCAUGGGUUUAGCCCUGACGAUGUUAGUGUCAGGUGUGCAAGUUUGGAUGGUGAUGCUGAUCGACUCGUCUACUUCCGUUUGUCAUCAGCUAGUGACAGUAGGGUUGAUCUUGUUGAUGGAGAUAAGAUACUAUCUCUGUUUGCCCUAUUUAUUAGAGAGCAGCUAGAUAUCAUUAAUAACAGUGGUGGUCAAACAAACAAAUCAUUGUCUGCAAGGCUUGGAAUAGUUCAGACAGCUUAUGCAAAUGGGGCAUCGAUGCAAUUUCUAAAGAGCCUUGGCCUAGAAGUGGUAUUCACUCCUACAGGAGUGAAAUAUCUGCACAAAAGGGCAUUGGAGUAUGACAUUGGUAUAUAUUUUGAGGCCAAUGGACAUGGGACUGUGGUAUUCUCAGAGGACUUCAUCUCUCAACUAGAGUCAUUAAGCAAUGGGCUCUCCUCUCAAGCUGCCACCGGUUCAGCACAGUAUCAUGCUGUAAUGAGAUUGUUGGCAGCAAGUCAGCUGAUCAAUCAAGCAGUAGGUGAUGCUCUGAGUGGUUUGCUUUUAGUGGAGGCUAUUUUACAGUAUAAGGGAUGGUCAUUUCAGAAUUGGUGUGAACUAUAUAGUGAUUUGCCCAGUAAACAGAUGAAAGUGAAAGUUAAAGAUCGAAGUGUAAUUGUCACAACAAACGCAGAGACAAAAGUUAGUCAACCUUGUGGUUUGCAAGAAUUGAUAGAUAAGGAGACUGCCAACUACACCCACGGGCGAUGCUUUGUGCGGCCAUCUGGUACAGAAGAUGUGGUACGGGUGUAUGCAGAGGCAUCUACGCAGGUAGAAGCAGACAGUCUCACAAAAUCUGUGGCACACCAUGUGGAACGCAUUCUUGGAUAA